AUGGUCGAGGAGGCGCCGACAAUCCAAUACUACCCUCAGCAGAAAAUGACUGCCAACACAGACUGCCUCCUCCUCUUUAAGGAACCGCGCCAAAUACGUCAAGAUAUAGCAGAAAUGGCCGCUAAACUGGCAGAAUCCGAUACCACUCUUCAAGCGCUUCGCCAUAGCUAUCCUAAUGUCCGUCAAAGGACGUUUACUACCUGGGUACGAGAUACGCUUCAUAAAGACACCCCACGCCGGACCGAGGACAUCCGAAGACUUACCAAGGAUGUUAUCCACGCCGGGGAUAUACGGUUCGAUGCAAUACUCAUCACCGAGCGCUCCAAGAAAAGUAGUAGUAAACGGCAAGAAUUCAGUACACUCUACGGCCUCACUCCAGAGGAUGUUAAUGCUCUUGACCAUGAGAGACGCGGUGGAUCUCUAUAG